AUGAAGUCUCUCUCCGUUGCAACCAUCUCUUGGCUUCUGGCAACGCAGGUGGCGGCCGCUCCCGCAUAUGUCAAGGACAGGGACGUCGUUCUGAGCCCAUCACCCAGCUCUUGGCCCAACGCAACGGUGCCCAGCUUAUCAGGCACAGGAUCGAUCCCCAGCAGCACUGCCGUUCCCGUUGGUGGUGGUUCCAGCGGUGGCUUUACGUCUUCCCUGUACUUUUCAAAUGGCGGCGAGAUCCAGCCAAACCAGCUUCCGGUCAACAAGAUCUCCCAUGUCUUAUAUGCCUUUGCCAGUAUUGCCUCCGAUGGCACAGUGUCCUCCGGCAGUGAAGCCACAGAUGUUGGCUCGACGUGGUCGUCAGACUCGGUCAGAGGAGUAGGCAGUGCUGCUGCAGGUGGUUACGUCCAGCAGUUCAACACUCUGAAGAAGGCGAACCGCCAUCUCAAGGUGCUGCUGUCCAUCGGCGGCUACGGCCAGGGCGACGUAUUUUCGGCCGCCGCAUCGACGGCCGCCACCCGGAAGCAGUUUGCCAACACGACGGUGCAGCUUGUGACAGAUUGGGGAUUUGACGGCGCCGACAUCGACUGGGAAUAUAUUGCGACUUCAGAAGACAAGGCGAAUGCCGUCCUCCUGCUCAAAGCCACCCGUGACGCGUUUGACGCCUAUGCAGCGACAUAUGCCCCGGGCUACCACUUCCUCCUCUCGUUUGCCAGCCCCGCCGGCACCGACCACUACCAGGCCAUGGACAUUGCGGGCAUGAACACGUACCUGGAUUCGUGGAAUCUUAUGGCCUACGACUACGCCGGCAGCUGGGGUACCACCGCGAGCCACCAGGCGAACGUCUAUGCCAACCCCGGCGUGGCCCACUCCACGGUUGUCAACACCGACACCGCCCUGUCAUACUACCGCAGCCACGGCGUCGCCGCGCACAAGAUAAACCUCGGCCUGCCGCUGUACGGGCGCUCAUUUGAUGCCACCGGUGGCCUCGGCGACUCGUACUCGGGUGUCGGCAGCGGCAACUUGGGACAGGGUGUGUGGUCCUACAAGAGCCUGCCGCGGCCGGGGGCGGACGAAAAGUUUGACGAGACGGCCGUGGGAGCGUACAGCUAUGACGAGUCCACGCAAGAGCUCAUUAGCUACGACAGCCCGGAGUCGGCCUACCACAAGGCGCAGUACAUUCAGAAGAACGGACUCGGCGGGGUCUUUUUCUGGGAAGCUAGCGGGGACGCCGACAACGAACGCAGCCUGGUCGGCCUGUUUGCCAAGCAGUUUGCCCAGCCUGCCGGGGGCCAAAACCUCCUCAGUUUCCCGACGAGCAGGUACACAAACAUCCGGCAAGGGACAGCCGUGUUCUAA